GUGAAAUCGUACUGACAAUUUCAAUGUUAUCGAAAGAAGAUAUUGAAGAAAACAAAAUGAGUUCGACUUAUGAUCAAAUGAAUAAAAGAGGAAUUCUGUUGAUUGAAGUAUAUGACACUGGCAUUGGCAUGAAUCCUGAAUAUAUACAACAUGCCUGGAAAAGUUUUUCACAAAGUGACAUGUCAAUAACCAGAAAGCAAGAUGGUACAGGACUUGGUCUCUCAAUCUGUAAAAGUUUAGUAGAAAUUAAUGGGGGAGAAAUUAAAGCAGAAAGUCAAUUGGGAGAAGGAAGUAAAUUUUGGUUUACAUGGAAUUUAGAACUAUUAUCAUCGAUAUCACCAACUAUUCCAUCGUCGAUAUCACCAACUAAUUCAAAACUUCCAGCUUCCUCAUUGUUAGAGGCAAAAUUUCAUAAGCAAAUAAACUAUACAUUACCUUAUUUUAUAAGAAAAAAACGAAUAUUAAUAAUUCACCCAGUCAAAAAUAUGAGAAAUGCAAUAUUAACAUAUUUUAAAGUGGUUGAAAAAGUUGAUGCAUUCGAUACCUUUAAUGAUGGUAUUAAAGCAGCUCAAGUAUAUAAAGAACUGUAUAAUCAAUCUGCUUAUGACAUUGCAUUCAUCGGUCUUUAUGAAGAUAAUGAAGAAGAG